AUGGCGGACUCUACGCACGGCAAAUGGGAUGUUAUCAAUAACGGGACUUACAGAUUAAUUAGGAAAAUCGGAAGUGGUUCGUUCGGAACCAUAUAUCUGGGUUUAAAUACAAAAACAGGCGAAGAAGUUGCCGUUAAAGUGGAAACAAACCAGAUCAGACACCCACAGCUUAUGUAUGAAAGCAAAUUGUAUCGAGUUUUCAUCGGUGGUGUCGGGAUCCCACGUAUGAGAUAUUUUGGACGUGAGGGGGACAACAGUUAUCUUGUGAUCGACUUGUUGGGACCAAGUCUCGAAGAUUUAUUUUUAUAUUGUUCGCGGCAUUUUACCACGAAGACCGUUCUUAUGUUGGCUGAUCAGAUGAUAUCGCGCAUAGAAUUUUUACACUCCAAGUACUAUUUGCAUCGUGAUAUUAAGCCGGAUAACUUCCUCAUGGGAAUGGGUCGUCAGUUUAACCGGGUUUUUAUUAUUGAUUUUGGUCUUGCCAAAAAGUAUAUGUGUUCUAAAACGAAGAAACAUAUUCCAUAUAGGGAUAAUAAAAACUUAACUGGAACUGCUCGUUAUGCAAGUAUCAACACACAUAUCGGAGUUGAGCAGUCUCGUCGCGACGAUUUGGAGGCUCUUGGUUAUGUCUUGAUGUAUUUCAGUCGGGGAAGUUUACCAUGGCAGGGUUUGAAGGCGAAUAACAAACGUCAGAAAUACGAAAGAAUUAGGGAUAAGAAGAUCGCCACUCCUCCCGAGAUUUUAUGUAAAGGUUUCCCAUCGGAGUUUUCUACAUAUCUGAAUUACUGUCGGAACUUGCGCUUCGAAGAAACGCCCGACUACUCUUAUCUGCGGCAACUUUUUCGAGUGUUAUUCAUCGACUUUGGGCACAAAAUGGACUACGUUUUUGAUUGGCACCUACUCAAACGUCAUCCAUCUGGCGGCAACUGCAGCUCAUCGAGUGAAGAGACGAUUGGUGCUGACGUGGGCAGGGGUGUGGUUCGCCGUCACGCAGCAACAAAUCACACCUCUCUACUCCCAGCGAAACUUGGUCGUGUUUCUAACUCUGUCGGAAACCAGCAACCUCCAUUAGCACAUCGCCGCGGGAUUCCAUGCUGCGAAACAGCUCUACAAGGAUCAACGCAUGUCUGA